UCCCAUAGGAUAUAUAUAUAUAUAUGUUCUAAAGUUAGGGUUUAUGCCGCUUCCGAUCUGAAGAUCACCCUGAACUUCGCUGCCGCCGCACUCCUCACCGGGGCCGCCAUGAUCAUCUCCAAGAAGAAUCGUCAUGAGAUCUGCAAGUAUCUCUUCCAAGAGGGAGUGCUGUACGCGAAGAAGGAUUACAACCUGGAGAAGCAUCCGCUGAUCGAUGUGCCGAACCUGCAAGUGAUCAAGCUGAUGCAGAGCUUCAAGUCCAGGGAGUACGUUCGGGAGACUUUUGCCUGGAUGCACUACUACUGGUAUCUCACUAACGAUGGCAUAGAAUAUCUCCGUACUUUCCUUAAUCUCCCGUCCGAGAUCGUCCCAGCGACCCUUAAGAAGUCUACCAGAGCUCCUUCCCGCCCGUUUGGCUCCGGGCCACCGGGCGACCGCCCUAGGGGUCCGCCACGCUUUGAGGGUGACAGGCCGAGAUUUGGGGACAGGGAUGGCUACAGAGGAGGUCCUCGUGGUGGUGGUGGUGAGUUUGGUGGAGAGAAAGGUGGUGCUCCGCCUGAAUUCCAACCAUCAUUCAGGGGAGCCGGUAGCAGGCCAGGAUUUGGUCGCGGUGGUGGUGGUGGUGGUGGUGGUUUUGGUGGAGCUGGUGCACCAGCUCUUGAGUAAAGCAUGUCAUUCAUGGUUUGAGUGGCAUUUCUUUGUGUCGUUAGGCCUAUCUAAAUUUUGCAUUUCGAAAUGUCUCUUGUUUUGGAUCAUGAAUGCUGAGAAAACUAGUUUGCUUUAUUGAUAUUUUGUUGAAGCAUUGUUUAACUUUGGAAUUCCCUUCUAUUGAUCGAUAAUUACCUUAUACAGUUAUAUUUAUUAAACUUGUCACC